AUGAGAAAAAAUGAUGAUGCAACUAUUGAAUUUGUUGGUGAAACCCAACAGACGGCAAUUAAAUAUUUUGAUGACAUUGAUUUGGCUUAUGAUAAAAUGAAUUCAACUUUGUAUGAAGCAGCAUUUAAAUUAAAGGAUGCAAUAAAUAAAGCAGAAAAAUCCAACGACGAAGUAGAUUUAGUUGAAGUAGAAAUUGCUCUUGAUGAAUUUUUAAAAACUUUACAGGCUGCAGUGACUUUUGAUAAUGAAUACCAUUGGGCUUAUAAUUCCAUACUUACUGUUCAUUUCAAAAUAGAUAUAAUUGUAGAUUUGGCUAGGAGCAAAUUGAAAUAA